AUAAGAGAGUUGAGAAAAAAUGUUUUUCAAUAUUUUCGAUUUGAUUCUCGUGAAGAAAUCAAGUUUGUCGCGGAUUCCUUAGAAAAUUUCCAUCCAAAAUUGUUGUGAAUAAAAGGUGACCAACAGGUUUAAGUGUCCAGUCUGUUAUCUUUUCGUGUAAGCUAUCGAAAAAAAUUAAUUCGAAAGGAUAUCUCACCUUCAUUCAUUCAAAAAUUUUCGGAAAGUAAAAGAAAAGAAAAAAGUGGAAGUUUGUCUUGAGAAAAUUCAUAAAAUUUGUGUGCGGAAAAACUAUUUUUUUUCUAUUACAUAAGAAGAAAAAAGGGCAUAGCAAUUGUUUGAAUUUACCUCAAAGCAACAGUCAACUGGUGCUUCAAAAUAAAUAAAUCGUAUAUCAAAGAAAAAUGGCCUUAAUCAUGAAAUACAUUGACAGUAUGCAUCACUAUAUGGAUAAAUACGGUGAUCCGCGCACAAAAGACUGGCCAAUGAUGUCAUCGCCAUUCCACACACUAGGAAUUUGUUUAGGUUAUGUCUACUUAGUAAAGGUACUGGGACCAAAGCUUAUGGAGAACCGAAAACCAUUCCAGCUUAAAAAUACUCUCAUAGUUUACAAUUUAUUCCAAGUUAUCUUUAGUUCGUGGCUUUUUUACGAGUGCUUAAUGGGUGGCUGGUGGGGUGAAUAUAGUUUUCGAUGUCAGCCAGUUGAUCACUCCACAUCAGGCCGAGCAAUGAGAAUCGGAAUAUCCGGUUGGCUAACAGGUCAUUAUAAUUUCCGAUGUCAGCCAGUUGAUUAUAGCAAUCACCCUAGCACUUUAAGGAUGGUGCACGCUUGCUGGUGGUAUUACUUCUCAAAGUUCACAGAAUUCUUCGACACAAUAUUUUUUGUGAUGCGUAAAAAGACGAGUCAAGUGACUACACUUCAUGUCAUCCAUCACGGCGUCAUGCCAAUGUCAGUAUGGUUUGGAGUGAAAUUCACACCUGGCGGUCACUCAACGUUCUUCGGCUUGCUUAACACAGCCGUCCACAUUGUGAUGUACUCAUACUACUUGUUUGCCGCUAUGGGACCACAAUAUCAGAAAUAUUUGUGGUGGAAGAAAUAUCUGACAGGUCUCCAAAUGGUUCAAUUUGUUCUCAUCAUGCUCCACGCUUUCCAACUUUUGUUUAUCGAUUGCAAUUAUCCAAAAGCCUUCGUGUGGUGGAUCGGGAUGCAUGCUGUUAUGUUCUUCUUCCUCUUCAAAGAAUUCUACAAACAAUCUUAUGCUGGAAAGAAGAGAUCGGAGCAGUCAAAAGCAAACGGUUCCGUAACCUCAGAGAAAAAGAACGACGAUGCCGAUACGAAUGGUCGC